CGGGACUAUUUGCAUAGCUCUAGCGUGCGCUGGGAGGAAACGGAGGAGGGGUUGGGAGAGGCAAUCCAUUUAGGAAUCCCCGGGGAGGGCCGCGAGCAGGGGCUCCCCUCCCCAGUCCCAGAGUAGUGAGGGAGGAGAGUCCGUCCGUCACCCACCUACCUACCCACCCACCCCUACUCCUGCCCCCGCCCUGCGCAGCUGGAGGGCCAUGCUCGGGAAAGAGGCCACACUUCCCAAACUUCCUGCCCCACUUUCGCGGCCGCCGGCUGCCAAGAGCUGCUGCUGCCGCUGAGCGAGCAGGACAGGCACAGGAGCCGCCGGGCGCCCGCCACCUCCAGCUCCCAGGGGGGGAAGCGGAGCGCCUGCAGCGUCUUCCCCGGCGGAGCGCGCGCGCAAUGAGCGAGCCUCGGGAACAGGCGGCGGCGGCGGCAGCGGCGGCUUCGCCCCAAGGCGGCUGCCGGUGUGCUGGCGGGGGAGUUGGCAGGGCCCCCGCCGUCCUCUCGCUCCUCUUCUCGCUCCUCUCGGUGGGCGCCUGCUUCUUGCUCAGCGCCAGGACGUCCAAGCUACAGGGCCGGCUGGUGGCCCUCGAGGGAGAGCUGGCCAGCCGCGCUUGGAGCCCCGGAGACCAACUCGACGCGGAGCCUUGGCUCGCCCUGCUUCAGCCUCAGGUGGACAGAGUUUUGCAGGAGAAACUGGGUGAAGGAUUAGCUAAACUACGCACAGCACGAGAGGCUCCAUCUGAGUGCAGGUGCCCACCAGGUCCACCAGGAAGGCGAGGAAAGCCUGGGCGACGAGGAGAACCAGGUCCUCCAGGGCAGUCAGGACGAGAUGGUUACCCGACUUAUGCUGGAAUGCCAGCUGGUUCUUCUCAGUUGUUUUGUGAAGAGAUCUUUUCCCUCUUGGAAGACAAAGCUGAACCCAGGGAAUAG